AUCAGAAAGUUAACUCUUUGUUGUGAUCCCCGUUUUUCGCUUAGAAUUUUUAUUAGAUAAGUGGAAUACUACAAAGGCUGGCAAUUCCGGGGUGUAAAUGGAUUAACUGUUGAAAAGAUUGAAAAGUUGUGUGCAUGGUAAGCAACCGUACUGGGGUAGAACUUGCAUACCGUCACGGCUUGUUUAGAUGAACGAGUGACCUUGGAGCUCCCCACAAAAGAGAACACAAUGUCCAACUAUUCGCAGCACUCCAACGAAACCAGCAUUUCCAUUCCCAGAAUCAUCACCGUCGACAGUGUGAACUACUACGAAAUUAUGAUCAAAUGUGGUCAUGUCAUGUGGACUGCCAACAGAAGAUACCGGGACUUUGAUGAUCUGCACAAUAAGUUAGUCCAAGAGCGCAGCGUCGCCAAGGACAAGCUACCGCCAAAGAAGGUGAUUGGUAAUAAAAGUCCUACUUUCUUGAAAAAGCGCCAGGAAGCACUUGAACAGUAUCUAAAGGAAAUGCUUAUAUUUCUAAAAGUUACGAUGCCAAAAGAAUUUGUAGAGUUCCUUGAAUUCCACCGGUACGAUAUAAUAUUCCUGACGCAAAACUUGGCCAAUUCGUUCUUCCUACGGGGGGAAAGUUUUCUGGCAAAGUCGAAAAAGUAUGGUCUCUCCGUUCUGGAACUGCAUGCCAUCAGCGAGCGACUGAAGAUACCAUGUCCUUCGACGGAAUCUGCUGAUGGUACGUUGAAUUUUUCCCACAUUAUGGACUUCUGUUCUCAGCUGGAAACGGCGAUAGUGCUUCCGGCGAAGAACAGCCUUCCGAUGAUCUUGUACGAUGAUGAUUCGGAUAAAUACAUUCCGCAUGCGCUACAUAAACCCAUCGGUAGUAGUAACUUGAUACCCUCGCAGCUUCGAUAUGAGCUGAGUGUGUUCAAAGGCUUAAGGAAUCUCAUUAUCUAUGGCAUUUCGACGGAAAACAUUGAGAAUGUCGGAGGCCUUCGUGAAAGUUUGGUUCGAAUUGAAAUUUACAAAAGCGAGAUCAAGCACAUACGGCAGAUAACACUUUGUGAUGAUAUUCAUAGGAACGAUACGGAAGAGCUGGAUCAGUCGAAGCUGUGGAAGAACCUCCGGCACGCCGUCUUUAAAGAUAAUCAACUAACAGAGAUCGAUCACUCGAUUCGGCUAUUUCCAAAUUUAAAGGACCUAGUGCUGGACAAGAAUCAAAUCGGAAGCAUAGCACAUUUGAGUCACUUAAAUAACCUACAAGCGUUAAGCUUGCGCUCCAAUCGGAUAGCGGAAUGUCGUGACUGGCAUUUGCAGCUGGGGAAUUUAGUGAGUUUGAAUCUGUCGCAAAACCGGAUCCGUUUGCUGGAAGGCCUUUCGAAGUUGUACUCCCUAGUCAAUUUGGAUCUGAGCUGCAAUCAGAUUGAUGAUAUAAAUGAAAUCGAUCACAUUGGGAAUCUCCCAUUGCUAGAGAACCUACGACUGAUGGGAAACCCGGUGGCAGGCAGUGUGGAUUAUCGGGCCCGUGUUUUGUCCCGCUUCGGUGAACGUUUGCAAGAAAUCUAUCUGGAUAAUGAAAAGGGAAAUCAAACGGAAUACGACACGGCACUGGUUCUCUCGGCCUUACGCAUAUCGGCUCAGAAUUCCCAACGAAAGCUACACAGUUUGCUAGACACGGCAGCCGUCGGAGAGAAACUUUCCGGUGCAAGAAGCGGCAGUAGUAGCAGUGGGACCAGAUAACAUUAGCGUAAGGUCACCACGAUUAGUAGGGUCAUGUUUUACGUGAGUAGACUUAGUUUGAUUGUUUUAUGCAUACCUUUAUGUUUUAUGUUGUAUUAUGCGUCAAGGCCACCUCGAACUUCAGAUCGACUCGGUAGUGCAAUUCAAAUCAAUUAGUUAGUAUACACCACCGCCUUGAACAUAUUUCUAUCGAUUAUCUCGUUAUCAUGAAGAAUUAAAGGUUUGUACACAUGUAUCAUCUGAUGCUAUUAAAUGAGUCGGCCAAUAUA